UUGGGACCAGCAGAUCAUUCGGAAUGUUCACUCCGAACCGCUAGCACAGAAGUCUUUUGCGAGUUUUUUUUUUUUUGUUUUCGAUGCGUCGGGUGAGUUAGUGAAAUGGUUUGAAUAGAGGGCAAUAGCUGUUAAAAUACGGAAAAUAUACGUUGAAGUAGUAGAAUCUUUCAUGUAUUGUGACUAUCAGCUCAUUAGAAAGGACUUAUAGACUCUCUCAUUUUCUUGCCAUGGAUUCAAUGAAGAACGUCAUCCGUGAAAAUAGCCAAAUUCCUCCGAAAGUGGAGCAAAAGCUGUACGAAACACAAUCCAGUGAUUCUGGAUUUGACUCGGACCAAAAUUCUGCAUCUGAUGGAAGUACCAUCCAACUCAAGUCCGAAUCGGGAGAAGGAGGUCAAUUCAAUUGCCAAAAACACAACGAUUCUGGCAUGAUUGGUACCGAUUCCAGCCAGAAGAUUUGUCCUACGGUCCGGGAACGGGUCUACAGUGACUAUUGCCACCUGUGUGAAAGUUUCCUUCAGCUGCAGUUGAAAUCUAACCGAGUGGUGCCCCCGUUGAAGUGGGAGAAGUACUUCCACCAGGACGACGAUGGUGACACCUAUCUUCACGUUGCCAUCGUACAGGAGUCCAGCGAUAUGGUCGAGAAGUUAAUAGGAUCAGUUCCUGCAUCCUGGCUGGAUAUUCAGAACGCCUUCGGCCAUACACCUCUGCACCUAGCAAUGCUUACAGGUCAACGUAAAAUCGUUCGACGGUUGCUCGAAGCUGGCAGUAGGAGUGAGUUACGCGAUGCCGAAGGAAACACUGCACUCCAUCUAGCCUGCCUGAAAAACAGAAUCGACUGUGUCAAGGAAUUUCUAGAAUUUUUGAGCGGUGGCGCCAGUAGGGAGAAAAGUGUUGCUGUUAGGAAAGGCGAACUUAUUCAGAACUUGGAAGCACGAAAUUACGAUGGCAAACGAUGCGUCCACAUAGCUGCUGAACUAUCCAACGUCGACAUUCUACUAUGUCUGGUUAAGGCGGGAGCUGACAUCAAUUCACGGGAAGCCAAAUCGGGCUAUACGGCCCUGCACAUAGCGAUCGAGGCCGGCAACGAGCAGUUUGUGAACCUGCUACUGAACGAAUGUCCCAAUCUAUGGCUAGAGCAGGUGACAUACGCUGGUCUUACCGCGUACCAGCUGGCCGCCAUUCUACACAACCAACGAUUGCUGAACGGGUUGAAGAAUCGCGGCGCGGAACCGCUUACUCCACCGGAUAGUGAUUACGAUGAAGAGGACAGCGAGGACGAUGAGCAGAUUAUUGACGGUCACCGCAAUGGAGUUUGAGGCUUAAUGCGAUUACAACUCUGGAAGACUGACUAGAAUAUGACCUUGAUGUCAUUAAUGUAACUCAAUAGCUAAGGGCUUCAUGCUUGUGAUUUCUGUAUGAAAUUACGUUUAUAGAAUUUUAUUAGAUUUAAGUACAGAAUAUAGUUAAUUAUAGCGACCUAAUGAUAAUAUCAGAAUAUAUAUAUAUACAAAUUGAUAA